UUCGUAGGUAGGUAAAAUGUAAUUGUUACUAAUUUAUAUACGUUAAAUGACCGUGAGAAAGUGUGCAGAAGAAUUACUUUGAUUAGAAAGUAAUGAUGAUUUGAAAGCAAUGAUGAUUAACAAUUGUUUGCAGAUGUUUGCGCAUGGAUACUGAUACUUUUGAAUAUCUUCUUGAAAACAUUACACCUCUCAUUGAAAAGAAGACGACACAUUUGAGAGAAUGUAUACCUCCUGCUGAGAGACUCUCCGUCACUCUGCGGCAUUUGGCUACUGGAGAAUCACAGGAAUCACUUUCCUUGCAAUUUAGAAUUGCACAAAGUACUAUAUCAAAAAUAAUAAGGGAAGUUUGUGCAGCACUGAUCUAUGUUUUGAAAAAUACAUUUCUUCGAAUGCCAACAUCUGCAGAAGAGUGGAGCGUUGUUGCUGAAGAUUUUGGAAGGAAAUGGAAUUUUUAUAAUUGCAUUGGUGCGAUAGACGGCAAACAUAUACGAAUAGAUCCACCUGUAUCAUCGGGUUCAGCCUACUACAAUUAUAAAGAUUUUUAUAGUAUUGUAUUACUUGCUGUCGUUGAUGCACAGCUGAGAUUUAUUUAUAUCGAUUUAGGCACUAAUGGGAGAAUGAGUGAUUCUUCUAUAUGGAACAAAUGCAGUCUCAAAUCUCAUUUACGCAGCAAUAAUCUUCCUUUGCCUCAGCCAUCUUCACUUCCUGAGUCUGACAUUAAUUUUCCUCAUGUACUAGUUGGUGAUGAGAUUUUUCCUCUGACAACUAAGCUACUUAUUCCAUAUCCAGUAGAUCAAUGCCGUAAUCGUGUUGACAGGAAGAUCUUUAAUUACAGACUGUCACGUGCCAGACGCUGUUCGGAAAAUGCAUUUGGAGUGUUAGGUGCACGAUUUCAGAUAUUUAGAACAACUAUGAGAUAUGAUCCUGAAGAGGCAAUUCGAAUUACAAUGGCAUGUUGCUGUCUUCAUAACAUGUUACGUAGUCAAUGUACAGGCCUUGCUAUGUAUACCCCAUCAGAUUUUCUUGAUGAAGAGGACAUAUUAACAGGUUUGAUAAGACCAGGUGAAUGGAGGCAACAAGUAGCCAGCGGCUUAGCACCAAUAAGUCAUCAAGGUGGAAACCGUCAUGCAAAUGAUGCUCGUAUUCUUCGAGACAUGUGGACUACAUAUUUUAAUGGACCAGGAGCUGUGCCGUGGCAAGAAAGAAUGGUACUUGGUGAAAAUGUAUGCAGAUAA